AUUUAUUCGCGUAAUGGAAUAACAUGAGUAACGAGAAUAACAAGCUACUGUACAAUUUGUUUUCUUAACCGUUUUGUUAAAACGUAUUAAUUUAUUAAUAAAGGGUGAAAAUCUAUACUGUAUGAUUCAUCGCGGUUUUUAGAAAGGAUACUUAUUUGUGAUCUAGACAUUACAACACAUUACAAUGAGAUUAUUUCUUAGUCUGUUGUGUGUAACAGUAAUACUCCACUGUUCUUACGCUCCUCCAGUGACUCCUGAUAAGUCUGAUGAAAAAGACAGUGAGAUUAAAGAUGAUUUGGAGGAGUACAUGGAAUACCACCGCUACUUGAAAGAGGUCGUGCAAGCUCUGGAGAGUGACCCUGACUUUAGGGAGCGCUUGGAAAAGGCCGAUCAGGAGGAUGUGCGGUCGGGUAAGAUAGCAGAGCAGCUGGACUUCGUGAACCACAAUGUGAGGACCAAGCUGGAUGAGAUCAAGCGGCGCGAACUAGAGAGGCUGCGGCAUUUGGCCACGAAGCAAUACGAGUUGACAAAUCACCUAGACACGGACAUGGGAAAAGUACCUACCAACGAGCACUUGGACCACAACAACCCUCACACCUUCGAGAUUGAGGAUCUAAAGAAGCUCAUCAAGAAGACCACAGCUGACUUGGAAGCGGCAGACAAGGAGAGAAAGAAGCAGUUUAAGGAAUACGAAAUGGAGAAGGAAUUCGAGAAGCAUCAAAAAUUGGAAUCGUUAGAUGAGACUCAAAAGAAAGAGUACUUAGAAAAAGAAAAGCAAGAGGAAGAUGCAAAGAAACAACAUAAACCGCUGCGACACCCUGCGACCAGAGAACAGUUGUUAGACUUGUGGAAAACCGCCGAUAAUAUGGACCCGAAAGACUUCAACCCAAAAGUGUUUUUCAUGAUGCACGACGUUGACGGCAACGGCGUGUGGGACGCGGACGAGGUGAAGGCGCUAUUCAUCAAGGAGCUAGACAAGAUGUACGGGCCGGGCGGGCCCAACAAGGACCUGCGCGAGCGCGCCGAGGAGAUGGAGCGCAUGCGCGAGCACGUGUUCCACGAGAACGACCGUAACCGCGACGGACUUAUCGAUUUCCACGAGUUUAUGCUCGAGACGCAGCGCGCGGAAUUCAACCGGGAUGAGGGCUGGAAACCGAUUGAAGAGAACCAGAUCUACACGCAGCAGGAAUAUGAUGAGUUUGAGAGGAGGCGACUGGAUGAACUGAAAUAUCUGCAACAGCGAGGUUUGAUUGAUGCCCACGGUCGGCCGGUGCCGGGAGCCCACCACCAGUUGCAGCAGUACCAGCAGCAACAGUACGCAGCGCAGCAACAAGCCUACCACCAGGCUCAACAACAGGGCUACCACCACCCGGCCGGCCAGCCGCAGUACCAGCAACAGUUCCAGCAACCACCACAAUUCCAGGGCCAACAACCUCCCCACGGGCAGUUCCAAGGUCAACAACCACCUCAGGGACAAUUCCAGGGAUAUCAAGGCCAGCAGGGACAAUUCCAACCACCCCAGGGACAGUACCAGGGUCAACAACCCCCGCAGGGACAGUACCAAGCUCAACAACCUCAGGGACAGUUCCAACCUCAACAACCACCGCAGGGACAGUUCCAACCUCAACAACCACCGCAGGGACAGUUCCAAGCGCAGCAACCGCCUCAGGGACAGUUCCAAGCGCAGCAACCACCGCAGGGACAGGUCCAAGCCCAACAACCCCCGCAGGGACAGGUCCAAGGCCAGCAGCCUCCACAAAACCAGGGCCAGCAACCCCCCCAACAGCAUCAAGCUAAGCCGGAACAAGCCCAGUUCCAGCAGCAAGCGCCAGCUCAGCAACACCAGAACGUCAAUGUGAACCAACAGCCAGCCGCGCCCCCGGCGCAGGGCCAAGCGCCGGCCGCACACGUAGACACACCUAAAUAACUUCAAAUCUCCACGUAAAUGUAAUACUACUUUUGAAAUUGUACGCUUCGGGUAUAUUUGUAUUCCGCGAAUAUUGGUGGCAUACACAAAGGAACAGAAGUGCAAAUUAUAGUUGUAGUUUGACAAAUACUUCACGACCUCUUUAGUUGUUUUACAAAUUUUCUUUAUAAAUAACGCCAAACAUACAGGUCGCAAGGUCUUACAAUAUAAUACAUAGAUACAAUAUUCAUAACUUAUAUAUUCGGCAGUUUAAAAAACUCCUCGACGUUGUAAGUACACAGUAAACAGCCACUUUCUAUUUUAAUUUCACACCUGUCGAUUUUUCUAUUUUUUGUAUUUAUAAUAUUUAUUGAAGUGACAGGUCUCAAAUUGCGAGUAACGAUAACGUACACCAUAAUUUAGGUUAGCUGUCUAACCCAUGACCUUAUUAAUCUUCUGUCUGAUUAGUGUGUACAGAGAUGUGUUUGCCUGUUAUUUUUGUUAUUCCUUUUACAUGCAACCGCCCUCUGUAGCUCAAAUAGGAAAGUUACCGGAGAGCACAACGGAAAUCGUAGUAUAGUAUCCUGAAACGAAAGCUACUGAAUGUGUCUCAUGAACUGUUUUGUCCCAAAAUUUUGUUUUCGUUCAUGUACUGUGCCGAAUUAGUGUCAGUUGUUUGAAAUUACAUUACAUAUUUGUAAUAGUUUAUAAUAAACGCUUUGAAAUAUAAAUUGUUAUGGCAUAA